AUGCUCAGUCUCAAUGCUACCACAAUAUGGAGCAUGAAUGGGUUGUUUCCUACGUUAAAACACAAUAAUAUCUGGGAUCUACAUGCAAAGACUUGUGCAGACGACUUGUGCAGUAAGAGACUCGAGGGAACAUUGUUGAUUGUAGGACGAGAUAGGACUGUAAGCCAUCUGGAGACUGACAGGGGGAGCGAGAACCACACAGAUGUGAGUAACUCAAGUAUAUUAUCCGGCAUCAACUCUGUAAUACUGGAGCGGAUGUCAGAAUUGAUCAGAAGCAACUCGGGAACUACCCAGGUCUGGAGGACUCUGAUGACGUACCACAACAUGAUGAUAGCCUCGGAACAUAUCCUGCUGUUGGCCCUCCAUCAGGUCUCUAGCCUCGCACCAGGCCACUCUAAACACGACACAGCAGCCAGACAAUAUCUGUUCUCUGCCAGGCUCUUCUGCCAUUUUGACCCAGACUUCUACCAGAUGUACGUCAGAUUCUACUCCGCCCAGCAGAUCGCGAGCAACAAAUCAUCGCCACACUCGCAAAUGGACAGAUCAGAUUUUGAAGAAGCAAUUCGUAUUUUAGAGAAUACGACCGAGUUUGUGAACCUAAUAAAAAACUACCAGAACCAUCUCAUAGCUAACAUUAGCCUGCAGGUGUCCAAGUGGCGUUCCGCCAGUUUUCGGGACCGGACGCUGACGGUUUCCCUCCUCUCUGUGAUCCUCCUGGUGUCUGUGAUUAUCGUCUUGUUGGUGGUUCACGCUACCCACACUAUACAGACGUAUGCCAACACCCUGGUCCGCCGCACCGUCCAACUGCGAACGGAGAAGCGGAAGAGCGACUGUCUUCUCAGCCAGAUGCUGCCCCUGCCUGUUAUACGGCAACUGAAGCAACACAAGCAAGUUGUAGCUGAGAACUUCGAGAGUGUGACGGUGUACUUCAGUGACAUAGUAGGCUUCACGAGGAUCUCUGCCAAGAGCUCCCCUAUGGAGGUGGUCAACAUGCUCAACAAUCUGUACCGCCUUUUUGACUCCCGCAUCCAAAAGUACGACGUCUACAAGGUGGAGACCAUCGGAGACUCCUACAUGGUUGUCAGCGGGCUGCCGCAGAAGAAUGGCAACAAGCACGCUGCAGAGGUUGCCACGAUGUCACUGGACCUGUUGUUUAGUCUGGAACACUUCCGGAUUCCUCACCGACCUCAUGAGUCCCUGGAAGUCCGGGUGGGACUCAACACUGGACCUUGUGUCGCCGGCAUCGUAGGUACCACCAUGCCGCGCUACUGUCUCUUCGGCGACACUGUCAACACUGCUUCUCGUAUGGAAUCCACAGGGGAAGCAAUGAAGAUCCACAUGACCAGCGAGACCAAAGAUUACCUGGAAUUGGAGGGCGGCUUCUACAUGGAGUUGAGAGGUCAGAUGGAGAUCAAGGGCAAGGGUAUCAUGAACACAUACUGGCUGACGGGAAAAGAGGGAGGCGUUGGCUCGAGCACCGAGAUCGAGUUCACCGAAGACUGCACCUACAUCCCAGAGUUCCUGCAGAUCAUCGGUACUCCGACUCCACAAGACGAGGAGCUGCUGCCGCCAUAGUAUCAGGAUGUUCGGUGUCUGGACGGCAGCCUCCUCGCCCCCAACACCGACAUAGAGAUGUGCGAGCGCAGAUUCUCAUUGUUCUCUCAGAAAAUUAAUAUUUUCGGUAACCAUUGAAUACGACGGUCUACUGUCCUCUGUCAUCGCUUCAGAAUGAAUCAAGUUGCUGCUGAAUAUGAAAGUUUUACUUUGCCAACAACUUUAAAUGGCAAAUUUCUAGCCAAUAAUGGUAUAAGUCCAUUCAACAAUUAUGAAAGCGUCUAUAGUGUUGGUGAUAGUGAUAAAUGGUGUUUUAAUAACGGUAUUAAAUAACAUUCUUUUAUAAACCAUAGAUUUGUAACAUGCAUUGGUUUUCUGAGAUUCCGAGAUAAUAAAUGAGGGCUUCUAGUGAGGAAAGAAUAAAUAUGAAUACAAUUUUUACAUGAGCAAAUGGAUGAAGUAUGAUAUCAUUAAUUGAUAGAAACACUCUUACGUAUACGUUCACUACAAUUAAAAAAGCUCAUUUCGUUACUAAACGUAUAUGUUAUUAGCGAUAACUUUCCGCUUUGCCAAACUGUCUUCCCUCUAUGCAUUUUCUCUUUUAAGCAGGCUGCAACGUUCCUAUUGUAAUGAAUGAAAGUUGUGUUGCAAGGCCUUUAACACAAAAUGAACACUGAAAUAUGGAUUGUCAUGUCUUCUAGGCGAAAUAAAUAAUUAUCCAUAUGAUAGGAGUCCAAAGUAAACUGAAGUAUACAAAGCACGAAAUCAAAUCACGUGCUCUGGGACAUAUUAUUUUAUAGCAUAUCAGUAAGUACUACGAUUACGGGGAGACGAUACUACCCUCCCCCCCACCCACAACACGAGUGUAGUACACAUGAACUCGUCCAACGAGUAGAAAACUUUCGAAACUAAAAAGCGUCUUAAUUUUGAUUUAAAUGUUCUUUCAGAAUUUUCAAAUCGAAUGCCGUUCGAAAUUAUAUUUAGUAUGGAGACACCCUGAGAGAGUAGGGCUAUAGUUGCCAACCUGUGAGGUACUGUUCUGUACACAUGUUUUAUCCGGUGUUGUAAUCCGUGUACACCCACCUUGUAUCGGGUGGCUUUUAAUGUUAAAUAAAAGUGCAUAUUUCUUAACGUACAGAUCCUCCAGUGUUAGCAAUCCUAGUUUCCGAAAGCCAUUACGGCACUGCUUCAUAAAUUUAUCGUUGUCAAUAAUCAGUAUGUGUUUUUCUGAAGAAAUUAUAUACGAUUGAAAUUAGCCUGUGAGCAGCUACCCCACAAAACAAUGCAAUAUUGCAGAUGGCAUUGAAUCAGACCGUAUAAAGCUAUAAGCAAUACCUCCUUUGGACAAUGUUCAGAAAGUAAUCUAAGCAAGUAUUCCUAAUGACACCUUUUUACUAACUAUACCAACAUGAACGUUACUAGUCCCCAUCAGCUCGUUAUUAACGGCAUUCCGAGAAAUUUAGUGAAGCCGGCUUCUUCAAUAGUAUGGUCUAUUACUGUAGUCUGACGGCUAAAAUUCAGAGCGGCACUUCUUUAAAAUACCAUGAAGUUUGAAUUUGGGGAAUUACUUUAAGAUUUUUAUCUUCAAAGUAUUUAAUGUAAGUGUUGAUUCCUUCAAAUUAAUAAAUAAUAAUUUGCUAAAUUUCAUUGUAAUUGAAACAGAGUCGUGGACAAUUUUUUCAAUUCUAAUGAGAGAAUUCAAAUCAUUUACAUGCUUCAGGAAUAAGAUAGGGCUGAGAAUUGAUCCCUGAGGACUUCGUAUCUCAAAAGUUGACUAUACGAGAAAUCGCUCCAAUGACUAAUAAGUUCAUUAUUGUUCCAGGAGGAUAUUAUGACAACACAAUCGAAAUCCUUGGACAAGGCUAUAAAGACACGUAAUGUCAUAUUGUGCUUAUCUAAGUUGCUCAUAAUCAUUUCCAAUAAGUGGAGGAUUGCGUCAACAAUUGAUUUUCAUUUUUGGACAAUUGAGCUAUGAAAAAAAUUUUGUGCGAACGACCAUUCUGCGCAUGAAAAUUUACUCAAAAACUUUACUUGACACUGGCAUGAUUGGUAUUGGUCUAUAAUUGUUUGGUUGUUGUAAAUCUCCUUUGUUAGAAAUAGGAAUCACUUUUGCAACCUUGGGAGAAUAUGGAAAGAUGCCGGUUUAAAUGAAAGAUUGAUUGAUUGAGUGAAAGGGGCACGAUAUCAUUGUGGAAUCUUUUCAGAAGCCAUGUUGACAAGCCGUUAUUAUCCAAUGAUUUCUUUGCACUCAGAUCGCAAAUAACCUUAAAGACCUCCUGCUUAGUUACUUGACUCAUUACAGGAACAUCAAGUUGGCGGAUUUUACUGCGCAGGAACCGCUAUUAGCAAAAAGUGUAUUAAGGAUUAAACCAUUGGGAUUCAAAGGCUUAGUUGUACUAUUUGCUUGAUAUCUUAAACGAAAUGCUGAUUACCAUAUGUGCGCCUUUAUAUUUUUUUAAAAUCGGCCACCGGUGUUAUAACGUGGAGUGGGACACAAGGCCAUUUGCAAGUAGCAGGAAGGAAAUGUGUUACCUAUAGAAGGUUAUAUGAAGGUUUACUCCACUAAAACAAGGCUUUAAUUAAAAAGAACUAUUUACUUUUAUUAUGGUCCAUAACUUAAAAAUGGCCUCCCUAGUAUUGUACCUGAUACAUGUCACAGUAUUAAAACUAUAUAAUUUUGUUGCAAUUAUUUUAUUUUUGUAUUUUUGUCCGCAGUAGAUACCUUCUUACCUUAGGCACCAUUGGUUGUGUAUAUUGGUAGACGUUAGUUCAUUGUUGGUAAUUUAAUACCACUAUUUUCAUACUAUUUUCAUUAUAUUGUUGUGUCAAAUGUACUUUAAAGUACUAAUGUAGUAUUUCACAUGAAAAAAAUAACUGAUCUUACUUCCGAUUUGUUCCUAGUUUCUGAGUAAAAUUACUUACCUGAGGUCAUAAUUUAGUUGCAAUACGUAUUAAAAAAUCUAAAUCCAAAAUGAAUGCUUUUGAUAUUAAUUUUAUGUUUCCAGAGACGAAAAUAAGACUACUAUAACUUUAUAUUUUCAUCAAAAUGCUGCAAAGUUUAUUUGUUUUAAUAUCGGUUAUCAACUAGAAUUAAUCUUUCGUCCUUGUAAAUACUUAUACAUAGUAGUAAAAUCAUUUAUCUUUUUAUAAUAUUACUAUUUAAAAUAGUGUUUAAGAACCUGAUUACGAUUAAAUGCUGUAUCUGUGAUAUUUGUAUUGAUUUUUACCAUUAUUUUUAUAAUCAAUUAUGUCAUAUAAGUACAGUAUACUAUAAUUUUAUAAGUUAAGAGAUAAGCCAUUUCUUGAUAGCUAUAAUAGUUUACGUGAUUGUUGAUCUCCUAUUCAGCUCUAAUGUAGCUGUUGCUGAGUAGUGAUGUAGAAUUUUUACAAUGUAAAGUUAUCAAGUGUUAGAGAUUUAAUUAUAAUUUUAGAUGGGACUCUGAAAAAUAAAAUUAUGAUCUAGGAUCUUUGUAUUAUUGGAAGUAUUACACCAGUGCUUAUUACAGCUAAUAGAUUAAUCCUUGUUAUUGUUCCUGUUAGAAAUAAAAAUACAAGCAAACGGAAUUAUUUUACAAAAUAACACGUAACUUCAAUCACCUAAUUCGUGGUCUAAUAUACAAUAUACCGUGUCAAACUUCAUAAACAACGCAGAUAUUAUAAUAGAAAACAAUUUCAGUAAAAGUAUGAAUUACAUCGAAAACAACGCGGAGUACGUCAUUACAGUUCAGGCGUUUCUACUUUCUUGUACAAAAACCCAGUAUCGUUAUAUUUACCAGUGUUAAUUCAAGUCCAAUUAUGAGUCUUGCUCCUAAUAUGAGACCCCUUUACUACCUCCAUCAUGUGCUGCUAUCUUUUUGAAACCAAUGUAAACUGUGGUAUGUCAUGUCACUUGUCAUAUGUGAGUUUUUGAUACUCAGCAGUAGUGAAAAGACCUCACAUUUUACUGCAUUAGAACAUUGGUCAACUUCAAAAACUAAUAUUCCCUUCUUUUUGUGCAAACAUUAUGGGAGGUAUCCCAUUUUAAAGUCAAUAGUUAUUACACAUCCAAACACUCUUUAGUUUUUCAAGCAAAUUACAUAUUUUUUAAACUUUUAACCAAUGGUAUAAACAAAUUUGAUAUUUUUUCGAAAAACUUGUAAAAUAUAAAACAAUUUAUAGCAGUUUGGAUCGUAUUAGUCGUGUUUUAAAAAUUAGCCUCUCAUAUGUUUAUCCCUGGAAGUAAAUUCCUAAAAGUAUUUUAAGUUUAACAGCUGUGAUUUGGGUUAGAAAAAGUUAGUCAGUGUAAAGCCGACUUCUAAUAAACGGAACAUUUCAGCGUUUAACGUUUUAUUACUUUUAUACAGUUUUCAGUCCUUACAAUUUUUUCGGUUUUUAUUUCUUUCACGAUCGCAUUUGGCUGUAAAAUGCGUUCUACUAAUAGCAUUUGGUAUCUUAAUCAGCCUCAUUAAGUUUUGAAAUUUAGUUGAGAAUGACAUAAUAUAUUUGUUACAAAAGUCAGCACAAUAUCACAGUAUGUCACAAUAGAAAGUCUAUUACGAGAAAGGGUUUCAUUUAAGGAUCGUGGGUUACUCGUUCCUUAAUUCAACUGCAAGGGGGCAUCCUUCUUUUAAUCCUUUUUUGGAUAAAAACAAUAAAUAAACUCACCAAAGAAGCACAUGCACUUGUUGUUACCUGUUAUUUUAGUGGUAACUGCUACUCAUACUAGAUAUGUUUAAGUCCUUUGAACGUGUGAAUCUUAUCUUUCAUGACUUGUGAUCUAGAGCUGACUAUUUCUAGUAUACCAGUUCAGUGGCGUUACUAAGGGAGAAAAAGAAGGGAUAAAACCCCCUAUCCAAACACAGCCCUUAAAAUUAAAGAAAUAUAUAAUUAUAACAAGAUU